AUGCCUCCGAUUCCUGCAUGCGCAUUCGCAAAUGAUCAACUGUUUAUCCUUGCCUCUUAUUCCAGACACAGAUACGCGUCCUUGACGGGGUGUAUCAUGUGCCUUUGCAGGCUUCCUGAUAUGAAGACAUCGUGCACGAGCGAUGGCAGCUGUGGAAAUUGUGAGGACAAGGUACUACUAGAUGCGCUCUGA